AGAGGUAAGCCACGAGCAUCUUUCAUAGAGCACGAAGGCCCGCGGCGAAAUCCCGGAGCGCUCGUCCCGCCGGCACACCCGCUCCAUGGGAAAUGUAGAAUGUGACCUUAUGGAGGAGACGCGAGAUCUGCAGCAGAGCCUGGAGGAUGAGCUUCUCGAGGUCAGAGAAGCUCCAAAACGUCGCCAUCAACCACGUCCCAGCAUGGCAAUCCCCCAUGUGGUACGACCGGUUGAAGAAAUCACAGAGCUGGAAUUGGAUCGUGUGGCGUCCUCGGUGGCCGAUAAGGUUUACAACAGCGUUAGUGGAUCCACGUGUCAUCAGUGCCGACAGAAGACUACUGACACAAAAACCAACUGCCGGAAUCCUGAAUGCCGUGGGGUACAGGGUCAGUUCUGUGGGCCUUGUCUGCGUAACCGGUAUGGGGAGGAGGUGAAGGACGCUUUACUCGACCCAGAGUGGUACUGCCCACCGUGCCGCGAGAUUUGCAACUGCAGCUUCUGCCGGCAGCGGAACGGACGCUGUCCCACGGGUAUCUUGUAUCCUUUGGCACGGUAUCAUGGCUUUAAGGAUGUGCACUCCUAUUUGAAAAGCCUUCAAAAGAAAGUUAAAAGCGAGACGGAAAACGACGGAGCGUAAGGCAGUCUGGAGGAGUAACGACUGGGAGCUGCACUGCGACAGCACCCACAAUGCACAUGUCAUGGGUUUCAGUUUGAAUGUACUGACCUGACAACAACUUGGGGAAAAUAAUUUAAUGUUAAUAAAUUUUUUAAUGUAUUAGGAUAUUUAUCUAAAUAAAGGUAUUUCUUUUCUAA